AUGUUUCGAAAUAGACUCAACUCCCAAAAACCCGAUGGAAAGCUCCUAGAGGAGUUCAAGGCAACUUUCCCUCAUCUCCAGCAGCGUUCGCAUUCUAUUGCAGGUCCUCCGGGCCACACGCUCGCAGAUGCGCUUGAUGUCGCGCACCCCUCCCGACAACUCGACCAUGAGGACAUCAAAGAUCAGGACCCGACCCCGCGUGGAAAUACCGAGCCGUGGAGGUUCACUCCCUCGCUGUUGGACCCCAACAGCUUUGCUUUCACCUCUUUCGCAAACCAACCUCCUGGCUAUUACACGCCAACUCCUGGCGGCACCAACACGCUCUACCACAGCCAGGCCGGAGAUCUCCACACGCCCGGCUUCAGCUUUGGCCUAGGAACACCACUAUCGCUUCCUACCUCCGAAGGUGCCCUUCAUGCCGGCCAGGUCGCGCCUGCCAACCAUCUCCAUGGUUUCAAUCCCCAUGCUUUGGGGUCGCAUCACUUCCAGAAUGUCAAUCCUUUUGGCAUGCAGCCCCAGCAUUCUCAAUCCUUUGCCCCGCACCAGUUCACCCAUCAGCCUGCUGCAUUCGACCAAGGCAACAUGGCGCAAAACCACGAGGACUCGCCAAUGGACAAUAUGGUCCCAGAGGUCGAGAUGCAAGAGCAGUCUCCUCUGAUUGGUUAUGCACCCCAUUCAUAUGAAGGCAUGGCAGCUGCCGUCGCACCGGCACCCCCUCCACCUAAUCAAAACUUCCGAUACCACGUUACUUUGAAUGCUCCAACGGCCAUGAUCAAGCAGUCAGAUGAAGUUCCUGUUACCUAUCUCAACAAAGGACAGGCCUAUUCCAUCUCUCUUGUAGACACGGCCCCCAUGCAAGCGCAAUCUCCAUCGACAAAGUACAGAACCUUCAUUCGCAUUUCUUUCGAAGACGAGCAGCAGCGUCAGCGACCCGCGUCUUGCUGGCAACUGUGGAAAGAGGGCCGCGGAACUAACGAGGCGCACCAGCGUGGUGGAAGACUUCAAGCAGUUGAAUUCGUGGAUCCGAGCCAAGUCAGCGGCGGUGAGAUCCAAGGACGUCCCAGAGUUGAACUCGAAUCUUCCUCCUUCGAUGGAUUUGUCGUUGUAUGGACACCAACUCACAACUCUUCGCCCGAGUGCUCUUUGGCCGUGCGUUUCAACUUCCUCUCUACCGAUUUCAGUCACUCCAAGGGUGUCAAAGGCAUUCCCGUCCGGUUAUGUGCGAAGACAGAGAUGGUCACCGAAGCUACCGGAUCAUCACCCCAAAGACCGGAUGCUGAGCUUUGCUACUGCAAAGUCAAGCUCUUCCGUGACCACGGCGCCGAGCGGAAGCUGUCCAACGACGUCGCCCAUGUCAAGAAGACUAUCGACAAGCUGAAGCAACAGAUUGCUCAGGUCGAGUCUGGCAUGAAGGAUUUCGGCAAGCGGAAACGCAGUGGAUCAAUCUCCAAGGGAAGUGUCAACCAACGACCCGGAAAGGUACCUAAGCACAAGAGGACCUGGUCCAUGUCUUCUGCGAGCGACAAUCAAGGAGGCCGUGCACCUGCUGAAGAAGACCUUCACAUCAAACUGGCAUCACUUCAAGACAUGUUCAGUUCCACCAGGCCUGUCAGUGUUCUUUACCUCAAGGGAGAGGAGCAGGAUGACCCGGAUCUUCACCCAGUGAUCCUAGGAGCUGCUCCUCAAGAACUCUCUAAGAUUGACACAAACGUGGAUGCGCCUAUGUGGGAGGCUCCAGAGUCGCAAACAGGAACAUCCUCUGUUGUAUCUCCAACCCCCAGCUCUCAAUCUCUCCACUCGGAGAAGCGUAGGACUAUGUCUUUCCAACGUCCGGCGCCUUUCCAGCCACCAUCCCGCAUGUCCUCGAACGAAUGGCGCAACAUGCCACAAACAGCCACAGGUGAUCUGAAGGGCAUGACUAGCAUUCAAGGCGGCGCAGACGUCCCAACAAAGGUCCAACGGCCAUAUUCUGAUGACCACGCGCUUUCUGGAUGGAUCGAAGCCCUUGGGGUUGAUCAAACCUACCAGCCGCCUCCGGAGCCUAUGCUGAAGCCUGUCGCCUGCUUCUUCGUCCAACCGCGCUUCGCUGGUCGGCAACCCGAUGAUAACUACUUCCGCGCCGUGUAUCUAAUGGAGCGUACUGUGAAAGAACUUGUUGCUAGCAUUGCAAUGAAGAUCAAGCUCGAGCCAACCAAGGUCACGCGAACCAUCCGCGUCAACCAAAAAGGAUUGCAGAUUCUGAUGGACGACGAUGCAGUCAACAGGAUCCCCGAGCAACAGGACAUGACAGCCGAAUUCCAUGAGAUCGGCACACCGCCAGUGCAUGCUAUGAAGCGCGAAUGGGAUGCGGGUCCUACAGACAUUCAAGUUGAUGGUGACAUCAGCGUUACGGAAAACGUUCACUCGACCGGUUACGAACUCCGUCUUCUCUUCUAG